GAGUAACUAAAUUACUAACUUCCAUAGAUAUUAAUAUUUAUGCUAACUUCAGACUUGUAGAUAUAAAAUUGUUGUUCAUUUUUGAAAUUUUGAAUUUAUAGUAUUUGCUAUUUACUAUUUACUUUAAUCGUUGUUGAUGUCAUAUAGAAAAAAGCCAUACAAUUUUACGAUUUAAUUGCCGAUGUUGUAUGAAGAUACAAUUCUUAUAAGCAGAAGAACACAACAAAGUUAUUCAGAUAAUUUUGAAUAAUCACCAUGCUUAAAUUCAAAGUUGUAUGUAUGUCGUAUGGUCGAAUUGGAUUCGGAAUUCAGCGAUUCAUAAAAUUGUUUUCAAAGAACUCGUUUGCUGUUUCGCAAAAAAAUAUGGAAAAUAAUUUAUUACAACAUUCGUCUUCGCUUAUUCGCAAUAAAUCAGACGUUGGGGUACAGUGUUCCACACUAAACGAUUUAGAAACGACCGACUGUAAAUCUGACGAAUGUUCGGCUACCAACGAAGACGACUGUCAAGAAAAUCCAGAUUUAUUGCAGAUAAGUAAACGUAAACUUGAUGGUCAGGACGGGCACGCCAAGAAGCCCAAGAAAGUCAAACUGGAUCCAGUUCUAAUUAAGCGCCCAGGUUACACGGCCGAAAGGUUCGACGAAACGUCUUAUUACAUUGAAAAUGGUCUGAGGAAGGUUUAUCCUUAUUAUUUCACGUUCACCACCUACACCAAAGGACGAUGGGUGGGCAGGACUCUGAUGGACGUGUUUGGCGAGGAGUUUCGUGCCCAUUCGUCCGUCGAAUACGAACGGCACAUCGAAAAGGGAUCUCUGACAAUAAACAAUGAACGCGUGACCGCCGACUACGUAUUGAAGCAUAAUGAUCUUCUGGCGAACGUGGUGCAUAGACAUGAAGUGCCGGUGGCUAAUGGCACGAUCGACGUCAUACACUUGGACGACGAUAUCGUAGUCGUCAACAAGCCCUCCAGCAUUCCGGUGCACCCGUGCGGCCGUUAUAGGCACAACACCAUGAUAUUCAUGCUAGCGAAAGAGCAUGGUCUGAGAGACCUGAAGACCAUCCAUCGACUCGACCGGUUGACCAGCGGUGUUCUGAUGUUCGGCCGGACACAGAACAGGGCGCGGACGCUGGAGGCUCAGAUACGGGACCGGAUAGUAAACAAACUGUAUGUGUGCCGCGUCGACGGCAGGUUUCCAGAAUCGGUCGAGUGCGAGCAGCCGAUCGAGGUGAUCAGCUACAAGAUUGGUGUGUGCAAGGUGUCACCUAGCGGGAAACAGUGCAGCACGUCGUUCCAGCUGAUAGGGUACAACGAGAAAGCGAAUUUCAGCGUUGUAUUCUGUAAGCCCCGUUCGGGUCGCAUGCACCAAAUCCGUGUUCAUUUGCAGUACUUGGGUUAUCCGAUUCAAAACGACCCGUUGUACAACGACACGGUAUUCGGCCCGGAGAAAGGCCGAGCCGGCAAUUUCGGCAAGACCGACGAGCAACUGGUUCAAGACCUGAUACAUGCUCACAACGCUGAAAAUUGGUCGGUGACCGACGACGGACUUCCUAUUUUGCCGGUGGCAGACGGUAUACUUCCGGUUUUACCUGAGGCCGAGAAUGGACGGCCGGUGAAGGAUUGUGCGAUGGCCGACAUGUCCACACAAACCGGAAUCGACGUGCCGGACGGAGGAUUUGACGAAACAAAGCUCACGGUAGACGCUCACUGUCAGGAGUGCAAGAUCCGUUACAAGGAUCCAGAACCCGCAGAUCUUGUCAUGUACCUGCAUGCCUUGAGGUAUAGUGGGCCGGACUGGGCGUACGAAACGCCUAUGCCCGCAUGGGCCGAUGUCAAUUGGCAAGAGCCAUGAUUCCUCUUGGUAUAUGACACAAGUGUAUUUCAGCAUGCGGUAGUUUUGAUCGUGAUUUAUAUUGUAUUUUGACAGUUCGUAAACGUUUUUAAUAAAUAAUUAUUUUCACUUUUAA